AUGGCCGCCCGUAGCAAGAGUCUUCUCUACUUCUGGAACUUCUUCGAGAAGACCGGCGGCUAUUCCUCUCGUUUUCCGUCUUUCUUAGACUUUUGGAAGUUUGCCGCCAACAUAGCGAUAAAGGACGGUGACUACCUAGUGACCCAACUGCACCGAAACCUCAACCCAAAAGCUUUCUAUCCAUACGUGAAUCAUGCGGCAUUUGAUGGGAUGGACUCUCGAGUUUUCGGGAGCAAACCCUCAACAGAAUGGAUUGAAGCCAUGAAAGAAGGACUUACAGGCCCCGGCACCCUGCUAGCCUACCCGGGUGGGUACAAUGAGAUCGAGACUACCACCGGCAAACCACUAGGUCCUUGGCUGCCCAAGGGUGAUAACAUCUUUCUCGUGUCAGCUUUUAAGGUAGCUGAUGAGAAGGACGCCAAACUCCAGGAGACGUUCGAGAAGGUUUGGAAGGAAUCUUCAGGAACCAACUUCAUCCUCAAGAAUGCUCCCAAGGCGCUCGGCAUCUCUAACUGCGGCCUGUAUAAGAAGUUUACCGAGCCUCCCGGGAUGCUGUACGUCCUCAGAGCCGAGCUGACUGGGGCUGGGGUGGACUCUGAGCCGGCCAAGACCUUCCUGGCGCAACUCAAGGAGUUCAAGUACCCGGACUAUUUGCAGAAAGUGGACAAUGAGCUUUACAUGGCGGAUUCAGAAAACAUCAUUUUCCCUCCAGCGGGGAAGAAAGAUCUCCCGGAAGGCUUUGCGUACAAACCGGACUAAAGAUUGAUAAAACAACAACCAUUGUCAUUGAAACGGGCGUGUUCUUAUUGUGAGUCUUUUUGUAUA